AUGUUCCCUAGGCCGAAUUGGCACGACUGCGUGUUCGCCCACCUUGACCGCAUCGACACCGAUCCGGCGUUCGAUGAGGACCCGGACGACGUCAAGGCGUACGAGGCUUGGGUGCGAUCCGAGGUCGCUCGCAAGCUCGCUGGAGGGAAGACGUCUUCUCCAGCUCCUGCUCUAUCAGAACCCCAAGAACUCCUCCUUGAUCCUUCCUCACAGGCCCCCAGACUCAGUUCACCUCCAGUCACCUCUAGAGCCUCCGCAGUUGACCCAACAUAUCCCACUCGGCCGUCCACCAGGCACACCAUGGCGACGCCGGCGCGAAUUAGCACUGCACCGACGGUCGAGACACCAACUCUUACCGCACAGCUUCCCGCUCCACCAACAGGUCGGCUACUCGAUACCCCUAUGCAUGUCGCUACGCCUCAGACGCCGGACACAACACACCCCAGUGCCGUCGCCAGAGGGCCGCGCGACGACCCCACUACUCCCGUGCCGCUUGGGACCGCGGAACUCGACAAGCUCCAGAAGAGGAAGGGGUUCCAGGAACUCACAAAGCAUCUGAAUGACAUCCUGCCUCAGCUGGGUCCCGCUCCCGCCCCAAGACAUGGGCGAGGACGAGGACGAGGACGCGGCCGCAGUCGACUAGGGAUGACGAGCCACGUCAACAUCGGGGGAAGCGUGCUCUCCGGCACGCGCAUCUGCCUGGCACCUAGUGGUCCAUUCAAGCCGCGUGCCGCUAUCGUCGUCCGGCUGGGCGGGCAGGUCAUGCUCCAUCCGGACACGGCCGUCACUCAUGUUAUCGAAGAUUCGGGCGUGUCGGCUGCCAUGCUCGCGCGUCGACUCGGACUCCAGUCCCUGUCGGAUCUUCCCGUCGGUACUCAGAUCGUCAAGUGGGAGUGGGCAAAGCUCCUCCCGACCGACAAGUACCUUACCUUCCCCAAGACAACUCUCACUGCCGGCCCAUCGCGCUUCGCCGACAUCACAGAUCAGGUGCGCACGGGCUCGCGCGCGAUACGCCGGCGGCGUUCUCACACGCCUCCCGACUCCGAGACCGAGUCAGAUCGUCCCCGGCGCAUGGCCACAGCGCAACGCUGUGUUGCCGGCUUUGCACCAGGCGGGGCGCCUCCACGCUCGAUGCCUGCGUUGGCUUUUUCACGUGGUACUUCGUCAUACGCCUUCACCUCUCGCGCGGUCGUCUCCGCUGCACCUUCCCGCACAGCCUCGAGCAAUAAUCCCUCCAGUGACCAGCUGUUCAGCGAAGCUGACCGCAUCGCGACGCGUCACUCACCUCCCAUGAGCCCUGGGUGGGUGGAGCCGAGUGGUGGCGAGCAGGACGCGCUCGACAUCCUCAUCGUCGGCAUUAAGGACGGCAGUAUCUCAACGGAGGACAUCGAGUCAGAUGAAGAGGAUGAAGAGCCAGGCAACCCAUCUCGAAAGGCUGACUUCUACAAAUGCGGGCAGGCCCACGACGGCGAUCCGAAGAAGGGUCUUAACGAGUGGCUCGCCGUCCAGUUCGACAAGCUCCAUCAUGUCUACGAAGGACAACAGGGAAAGAACGAGUUCUCGAUCCGUGGCUAUCAGCGGGCCGCUGGUAUUCUCCGUCGCACAGACUUUGCCAUCACGAGCGGGGCGCAGGCGCGCAAGAUCAAAGGCAUUGGGGAGAGCUUGGCGCAGCGGAUCGACGAGUUCCUUGAGGGCCGCUUAGGCCGCGCGUACUACGAGGACACAGUUGAGGCGCGCACCAUCGCAACGUUCAAGGACGUGUACGGCGUCGGCAAGAACUUUGCCGCCGAGUUGUAUCGGAAAGGUGCACGCUCAAUCGAGGAUCUUAAGACGAAGGAGUACGGCCUAACGACGGGCCAGCGUGUCGGUGUCGAGCUCUACGACGACCUAAUCUCGCGCAUGCCGCGCGACGAGUGCCGACAGCUGUUCGAAUUAAUACGUUGCGCGGCCGUCGCUAUCGAUGCCAACCUCUGGAUCGAGAUCAUGGGAAGCUACCGCCGCGGCGCGGAGACGUCUGGCGACGUCGACAUCCUUAUCACGCGCGACACGGCCGACAGACUCACGCACGCUGGCGUCCUCAAGCGCCUCAUACAAACUCUGCGCACGAACGGUGUAAUCACACAUGAGCUCUCGACGCCGCAUAAUUACUCCGACCUCGAGGCGAAGUGGAUGGGCGUCGGCCGCGUACCGGGUGGCAAGUAUCGCCGCAUUGACAUCCUCACCAUUCCCUUCGAGAAUUGGGGCGCCGCGCUCAUCUACUUUACGGGCAACGCGGUCUUCAACCGUUCCCUCCGCCUGUAUGCGCGCAAGCAGGGCUACUCGCUCAAUCAGCGCGGCCUGUUCCGCGGCGUCAUCCGCGAUCGUAAGGGCAACAAGACCACUGCUGGCGAGAUGGUUGCGUCGCGCACUGAAGAGGAGAUCUUUGACGUCCUUGGAAUCCGCUGGCGUCCGCCUCAUCAGCGCUGCCCCUAA